AUGAAAGCAUACGCAGUUGCACUUAUAAGCUGUGGCUCUGUGGCAGUAGCUCUAGUUUUGAUUUUGUUUUAUAUUUGCAAAAAUGGCCGAAAGAAAAAGAGCCACCCUGUCACUAGGAAUGUGACUGGUGGUUCUCCGGCUCCUCCUCAUCCGCCACCUUUACAAAGGAACCAUGAUGUCGAAAAGGGAGACAUUAAACUCAAGAACAACACAACAAUGAGACAAUCUGCAACAGUUGCCACGGCGGCUGUGACCACUAAUGCUUACAGCGGAGGAGGUGGUGGUGGUGAUGGAGGUGGAAUGAGUGGUGGUGGAUAUGGGGGCGGAGGAGGUGGUGGUGAAGGAGGGACGAGUGGUGGGGGAUGUGGCGGCGGAGGUGGAGGUGGUGGUGGUGAAGGAGGAACGAGUGGAGGGGAAUGUGGUGGAUGCAACGGUGGCGGAUUUGGAGGCUGUUGA